UACUAAUUUUACUAUUGCCUGUAGCGUAUAGGUACCAAUAAAUAUAUUCUUUACCUAACGGCUACGUAGUAGUGUGCGUUCAACUACCUUCUAUGUGGAUCAGGAUACACUGAGCGCGCACAAAAUGAUUUGGUUCACUACAAGAAAGGACCAUCUUGACGAUGGUAUCCCUCCUAGCAGGGCACCAUCCGUCACCUUCAACUUCCUUUUCAACAACACCCUAAGGAUGGGAUUCGGAAUGCAACUCAUCGGUUUCGUUGGCAUGAAUCUUGUCUACUUUGCUUACGGCGGAAAGGGACUCUUCACGUACGAUAUUGCUGGACUACCUGAAGCCAGCAGGCUCGAUGAGGGUUUCCGUGGACACAUCACUACAUUUUCCAUGAUUUACAUGUUGGGAUCUCUUAGUUUGAUGUGCUUCCAAGUUCUGUUGGCUGAUGACACAUGCUGGGCUAGAGGUUAUCGCUCUGGUUCUAAGAUCUUAAGGCUGGCUACCUUCCUCGAUGCCAUCAGCUCAACCAUGCAGUUCAUCUUCUAUUUGUACAUUUCCAAGUUCUACACCGAAAGAUGGUUCGUGCAUCUAAAUGAAGGUAGCUCGGAACUCGUAUUCUUUGUUUUUACUAGAAUUUCUCACGCAUUCGCAUGUUUCUUGUACGGUCUCGCAUGCUACCUUCUUGAAGUCUACCACGACGAAGGUGCCGGUGACCUACAUGCCUACCUCAACGGUGUUUGCUUCGUUUUGACGGGUUGUGCUGAACUCAUGGUCCUCAUCUUCCAAAAGGGAAUGCUUGCCACUCCACUACUUUUGAUUACCUUGGCAGCUGCUACUCUCUGGGCAGUUUACUUCGAGCCUGAAGUUACCUUCGUAUCACCCGCUCUGCAAGAAACCGAGCUGACCAAUGAUGUGGAACACCAAGUAGAAAAAUUCACCAGGCUUACUCCCAGCAGCCAAAUCCAGUUAUACUGAACAUAGUACAUAUCUGUAACAACCAAAACACCUAAACAGUGUGUAUUAUCUACAUCCGUGUAUUAUGGUGAUGCGUAUGGUGAAAACACAAUCUGGUUAUAAGCGCAAAAUUUUUUAUCAUAAUUUGCUUCAAAUGG